UUGAAUGUUUUCUGUAACAGUAAAUAAUGGGCAAAAAAGGAGAGAAGCAGUUGAGGUGGUCAAAGCCAAUGGAAUAUUUGAUGUUGGAGAUCCUAGCUGAUGAAGUGAAGCAGGGAAAUAAAUCAACUAAUCAGUUUAAGGUUAUCUCAUUCAAUCGUGUUUCGAAUGCCAUUAAUGAACAAUUAGGAAUGGACUGUUCUCCUAAGCAUGUGGAGAAUCAUCUUAAAACGCUAAGAAGCACAUGGAAUACAGUGCAAACUCUACUAAACAAAAGUGGUCUUGGAUGGGAUGACAACUUGAAGAUGAUUACUGCCAGUCCUAGAGUGUAUGCAAUGCAUAUUCAGGCGCAUCCUAGUCAUGAUAAGUUCAUCAACAAGAAGAUUGAUAUGUUUGAAGAAAUGUCUCUUGUCUGUGGGAAUGAUCGAGCUAGGGGUGAUUGUGCUAAGUCAUUUGAAGAUAUAGGCUUGGAUUGUAGUUCGGAGAAAGGUAAUGAAGAUGAGAUUGAAGGACCAUCUAAGGAGAAUGGAGUGCAAGAUGUGAGUGAAACUUCUCAAUUCAAGUCAAGUCGUAAAAGAAAUCGUCCUUCUGAUGUGCAAGAUGUGGUCGGUGAUAUUUCAACAAAACUUGGAGAAGUGGCAGCGGCAAUAAGUAAGAUAGCUGAUAGCCGAUUAGAUGUGACAAGGUUGUAUGAAGAAGUUAGGGCAAUUGAAGGUUAUGGGGAAGAGUUCUUAGGGGAUGCUUUUGACUAUUUGGUACAAAGUGAUACUUUAGCUAAGGGAUUCAUGGCUAAAAAUCAAAAUCUCCGUAAGGUGUGGUUGGAAAGGUUCAAGCGACAACAUAAAUAGAAUAUAGAAGUGAAUCGGAAGAACAUAACUAUAUAGAGUACUACU